GACGGCGGCGGCCGGGCCCGCCCCACAGGGUGGAUCCGGGCCGGGCCGAUCAGCUCCGCCCCACGCCGGCAGGGAGGCGGGCCGGGGCGGGCCAGGCGGCGGCAGCGGAAGAUGGCGGCGGCGGGGGCCGGGCAGGCAGGCCCGGACCGGGAGCUGGACGAGCUGCUGGACAGUGCACUCGGUGAUUUUGAGAAGACCAAACCAGUCCCACCGCCGCCCCCUGCUGCUGGAGCUGGGGAUGCCUGCAGUUCUGAGAAGUUGCCAGGCGAUGCAGCCCAACACUCCCUCUUUGCCUCCCAGGAGAAGUUCUUCCAGGACCUGUUUGACAGCGAGCUGGCGUCGCAGGCCACGGCGGAGUUUGAGAAGGCCAUGAAGGAGCUGGCUGAGGAAGAACCCCACCUGGUGGAGCAGUUCCAGAAGCUGUCAGAAGCAGCCGGCAGAGUUGGAAGUGACACGACAUCCCAACAAGAGUUCACUUCCUGUCUGAAAGAGACGCUCAGCGGCUUGGCUAAGAAUGCCAACGACUUACAGAACUCCAACAUGUCAGAGGAAGAGCUGACAAAAGCCAUGGAUGGCCUGGGCCUGGAAGAGGGCGACGGUGAGGGGAAUAUCUUACCCAUCAUGCAAAGCAUCAUGCAGAAUCUCCUGUCCAAGGACGUGCUCUACCCCUCCCUCAAAGAGAUCACGGAAAAAUACCCUGAGUGGCUGCGCAGCCACCGUGACACCCUGCCUGAAGAGCAGUUUGAAAAGUACCAGGAGCAGCACAGCAUCAUGGGUAAAAUCUGCCAGCAGUUCGAGGCUGAGCAGGCUACGGACAGUGACGCCGAGCAGAAAGCUCGCUUUGAAAUGGUGUUGGAUCUCAUGCAGCAGCUCCAGGACCUGGGGCACCCUCCCAAGGAGCUGGCUGGAGAGUCGCCACCUGGGCUGAACUUUGACCUCGAUGGACUCAACCUGUCAGACACAGCCAGCGCCGGCGGUGACCAGUGUCGGAUCAUGUGAUUGCCACCCGCACCAGCCGACCAAUUGGAAGGGGUGAUGGGUGUAGGUGGGGGGGACAGCCCCUUGGAAAUGCUGCAGUGCCUAGAGCAUGCCAGGUUCAUUAACAUUUAAUUAAAAAUCCAGAUAGGAUGGCCUCAGCCUGUGACUUUCAGAAAGUCUAACGAGACACCAGUUGAUGAGAGAGUGCGCCCUGCAGAGGCGCUUGGAGCGCUCUGACCACGUAGUUCCUCCCCGGAACCUCUGGGCUAGAAUUCCCCAAACUGGUGCUUUCAGUCUUUAUAAUUAGCCUCUCUCAUCAACUGGUGCUGGAGUCCUGGUGGAGCAGCCCCAGCUGUUCAGGGCUCCCUCACGGGGCGGGGGACCAGUUGCCUUUUGACUGUGUGGCCUGAAAUCUAAUCCUCGUUCAAAGGAAUAACCAGCCCCCUCGGCCCAAGAGAUCCUGAUCCAAGCCUCUUCCUGCUGUGGCCGGUCCCCUAAGACUGGCAGGGCUGGGAGGGUCUUACUGCUGGUUCUAGGGAGUCCUGCAGUAGCUGAGCUAACCCUUGGGCUGGUCUCUGUCUCCCCUGCGCACAGGCUCUGUUAGUGACUGAGCCAGCCCAGGUGGGCAGCGAGGGGAGGUGGAGCGGGGGAGAUCUCGCUGCAGAGUUCCUUCAGGGUAGAUGAGCAGGUUAGUGUUGGUAGUGUAUUAGGAGUGUGGGGCCCUUUGUCACUCUUGUGCCAUUGUGCACUCUUGUGCUCACUGGUGCUGCUGAAACGGGGAGCCAGGCCUGUACUGAACUCUCUGUUCCUUUUCUCACACUCACUCCCCUCGGCUCUGGUUUCAGCUGGCAAGAGCUUUCUCCUAAAGGCCGGUGCCCUGCCAGUGGCUGUCUGUGCUAGAGCAGCCGCUGUCUAACUCACUGUCCAGCGGCUGAGCAUGCGUUGCACGUCCCCGUCCUGAGACUCGAUCUGCCCUGGUCCCCGGUGCCAGCUUGCUGCAUCCAGUUCUCUCGCUACCACAAGUCAGUCUCCUCUGACCACUGAUCCCCUCUGAAUAAUGUGAGACCAAUGCAGGCCUCCCAGGUACUGAAGAUCUGUCAGGAAUUUACACUGCCCAGCUGGAUUUGCUUUCAGCUACCCUCCAGCCUACAGGCCCCAUGCAGUACAUGCCUGUGAGCUCCCGCACUGAAUUUCUCCAAACACCUCCUUAAAGGCAUCUGCACUGAGCCCCCUGCGACGGAAGCUAACACAGAAUAAAUUGCCACCUGCACACAGCUGUGUCUCCUCUCCCUCCUCCCCACUCUCUAAUAAACAACCGGCAUUAAUGAACUCAGAUCUGUACCUUUCUCUCUGCCAGCUGCCAGAGUGACAGGUGGGGACAGUGCAUUCUAAGGGAGGGCUCAACUUGGCCCUGGCUAAGCUUAAGAAUGCAGACCCCUUUGGAGCUGCUUGUGAAAACUCUGCUGGUUGCUUCCAAAUCCCGUCAGGGUGCUGCCCAGCGGGCCCCUCCGUGUACCCGGGCUUACCAGGGGGAGCUGGGGCAGAAGUGAUUGCCAACGCAACUCUGCCAAUUGUCAACUCCGUGAUGUGAUUUUUUUCCCCCCCUCUGCCCCAUUGGCAGAACCUGAUUGUACGCAAUGGGCUGUCUAAAUUCCGCAAAUAAAGGUGGUGGCGAUCUC